AAGAUGGGACUUGCUCGGAACAUCGUCGGCAUUAUCGGAAAUGUCAUCUCCUUCGGCCUUUUCCUCUCGCCAGUGCCAACAUUUUACCGAAUCCAUAAGAAGAAGGCGGUUGAGGAGUUCCAGCCAUAUCCUUACUUGUGCACAGUUUUGAACUGCGUUUUCUGGAUGUUCUAUGGUCUCCCCAUUGUUAAAAAAGACAACAUUCUGGUCUUGACCAUCAACACAAUCGGCCUCACUAUUGAGUUGAUCUACUUAACCAUAUACUGGAUCUAUGCUAAUGAUAAGAAGAAAAGGGCUCGUGUAGGCUACAUCCUCCUGGGUGAAUUAUGUUUCACAGCACUGGUUGUUGUCAUUGGUAUGCUCGUCUUCAACUUCAAGCACAGAUCUCUUUUUGUUGGGGUUAUAUGUGAUGUCUUUAACAUCAUAAUGUACGCCUCCCCUCUUGCCAUCUGGAAAAAAGUUAUAACGACAAAGAGUGUCGAAUAUAUGCCUUUCUGGCUCUCAGUUGCUAGCUUAGCUAAUGGCAUCUGUUGGACUAUUUUUGCCCUCAUACAACUGGACAUUUUCAUCCUGGUUAGCAAUGGGCUUGGAUUAAUCUUUGGGGUGGUUCAGCUGGGUUUAUAUGGUUACUACUACUACCUUGGAAAGAACAAAAUCAAAGAAGUUGAAAAGCCAUCAGAGGUUCAACUCUCGUAUCCGAAUCAGAGUGCCUGAAAAAAGCUUCUAUUGAGUUCCAACAGGACAAAAACUUUGAUCUCAAUUUUGCUUUGUUUUUGGCUUAUGUUUGUCACUUGGUUACUGCCUAAUU